GGGUACACUUAACCGGAAACGAGGAUAAGAAGCCAUGGCUCGUACAAAGCAGACUGCAAGAAAGUCCACGGGAGGUAAAGCUCCCAGGAAGCAGCUAGCUACCAAAGCAGCUCGUAAGUCAGCACCAUCCACUGGUGGUGUCAAGAAGCCCCAUCGUUACCGCCCUGGUACUGUUGCCCUUCGAGAAAUUCGUCGUUACCAGAAGUCCACAGAGUUGUUGAUCCGCAAGUUGCCAUUCCAACGUCUGGUGAGAGAAAUUGCACAGGAUUUCAAGACUGACUUGCGUUUCCAAAGUGCUGCUAUUGGUGCCCUCCAGGAAGCUUCGGAGGCCUACCUUGUGGGCUUGUUUGAAGACACCAACUUGUGUGCCAUCCACGCCAAGCGUGUAACCAUCAUGCCCAAAGAUAUUCAGUUGGCCCGUCGAAUCCGUGGUGAACGUGCUUAAGCACACACAUUCGCUGUGCUCACUCUCAUAAGACAUAACCUCCUAAGCUACAUACUGCCAUGGACUACUAAGUGAACAUUUUUUAGUUUAAGUUUUGGCAUUGGUCAAUUCUGGUGUGCUGGUGUCAAAAGCUAGUGCAAGAUUUAAAAAAAUUAUACUAUAGCAGAAUCAGUACUGCUAAGGAAGUGUUGACUAGAGUCUCUUAACUUAUUUUCUGUGUGAAAAGUUCAGAACUGUGUAUUCAUUCACCCAUUAAUUUUCAUUAUGAAAUUUUCAUUGCUAAAGGAAAAUGGUUAAUGUGGCUAAGGAUACACAGAUCUGGUGUUGGUUAUGUGAUCACAAAUAAUAAUACAGUACAAGGAAUUAUAAUUUUUUUUGGACCGGGAGCAAACUGAUGUAACUGUUUGUAAUGUCGAUGUUGAGGUCAUCUCGUGUUCAUGAUCUUAUUUUAGUUAGUGGGAAAAAAGCCUUUUUAUUACCUUAGUUGUAAGUCUUGCUUUCUCUCUCCUUUCGGUGAUGCAAAAUUCUGUGAAGUUAAGUGCUUGCAUCACUCUGGUAUCUUCACAUUGGAUCUUCAAUUUAGAUGGAUAUUAAAUUACACUUUCUACCAUA